CAACCCCACGCGGGGAGGACGGCCCGGGACUGCCAGCGCCGCUCCCGCUCCUCUUCGUCCUCUCCUGGGCUUGCUCCGGAAAGGGGGUGGGGGUGGUUACUUCGCCUUGCCCCUCGCGGGGCUCGCCUGAACUCAUCUCGCCGGCAGCGCUCUUGGCCGCUUCAGAGGGGCGGGAAGCGUGCCAGUCAGCUCCAACCCCGCCCCGCCUCACCGCUUUUCGAAAGCCAGAAGACUUUUUUUUCUCCCCCUCCGCCGCUUUCCUCGCUCUUCUCCAAACUAAAGAUGAGGCGGCUGAGUCGAAGGCUGGCGUUGUCUGUCCUGGGGAUCUUGUGGAUCGCCGCUCUCCUUCUCUUUCUCGGGGCCAGGAGGAAGUUGGAAGCGGCGGGACCCGAAGGGCGGCAGACGCCAAAGGAUUCCGACAUUGAUUGGGAUGAUCUUUGGGAUCAAUUUGAAGAAAGAAAAUAUCUGAGUAUUCGGAGAUGGAAAGGCGGAGAGGAUCCAUAUCGAUUGUAUGCCUUUAACCAACGGGAGAGUGAACGGAUGCCCAGUGACCGUGCCAUUCACGAUACUAGGCACCACAGGUGCACUACAUUACACUAUCGUACAGAUCUGCCACCAACCAGCAUCAUUAUCACCUUCCAUAAUGAAGCUCGGUCUACAUUGUUGAGGACGAUAAGAAGUGUGCUGAACCGAACCCCAGUGCACCUGGUCCACGAAAUCCUAUUAGUAGAUGACUUCAGUGAUGAUCCGGAUGAUUGCCAUUUGCUGAUCAAGCUCCCCAAAGUGAAAUGCCUGCGCAACAGUAGACGAGAAGGUUUGAUCCGAUCCCGCAUUCGAGGAGCAGAUGUGGCCCAAGCAGGGGUUCUUACCUUUCUAGACAGUCACUGUGAAGUGAACAAGGACUGGCUGCUCCCUCUUUUGCAGAGGAUCAAAGAGGAUCCAACCCAUGUGGUGAGUCCAGUUAUUGAUAUCAUCAAUUUGGACACCUUUGCUUAUGUGGCAGCUUCUUCAGAUCUAAGAGGAGGAUUUGACUGGAGUCUUCAUUUUAAAUGGGAACAACUUUCUCUAGAGCAAAAAGCCAAGCGAACAGAUCCCACAGAGCCCAUCAAGACUCCUAUCAUUGCUGGGGGACUUUUUGUGAUUGACAAGGCCUGGUUCAAUCAUCUGGGAAAAUAUGAUGCUGCAAUGGACAUCUGGGGUGGGGAGAAUUUUGAGAUCUCUUUCCGAGUGUGGAUGUGCGGCGGGAGCUUGGAAAUCAUCCCCUGCAGUCGGGUUGGCCAUGUCUUCCGGAAGAAGCAUCCUUACAUCUUCCCAGAAGGAAAUGCCAACACUUAUAUAAAAAACACCAAGCGCACGGCGGAAGUGUGGAUGGAUGAAUAUAAGCAAUACUAUUACGCAGCCCGGCCUGCAGCUCAAGGGAGACCAUAUGGAGACAUUCAAAGCAGAGUGGAACUGAGAAAGACCUUGAAAUGUCACACAUUCAAGUGGUAUUUGGAAAAUGUCUAUCCGGAGCUUAGAAUUCCUGAGGAAUCACUGUACCAGACAGGAAUGAUUCGGCAGAGACAGAGAUGUCUGGAGACCCAGAAAAAUGAAGGACAGGAGUUUCCAAUGGUGAUCUUAAACCCCUGCAUCACCAGCAAAGGUGCAGCAGCAGCUGCACAGGAAUGGACAUAUACAUAUAACCAGCAAAUCCACUUUCAACAGUUAUGCUUGUCCAUACAUACCCUCUUUCCAGGUUCCCAGGUGAUGCUUUUGCCUUGCAAAGAAGGGGAUGGCAAACAGCGCUGGAAUAAAGUUGGUUCUCACAUUGAGCAUAUGGCUACCCGCUAUUGCCUGGACACAGAAAUGGUGGGAGAUAGCAGUGAGAGCAUGAGAGAAGUGGUCAUUAACCCCUGUGAAAGCACGGCAAUGAGUCAGCGAUGGGAAAUGGUGAUGUCCUGACCUCAUCUAUCAAUUCACCAUCAAGCUCUUCUGGAAGGACCUUUGUCAGAAACUGGCAAGGCUGUUGUCCAGUUUAGGGAUUGGUAUGGGCUUGCUUUUCUGUGGGGCAGGUCAAAGAAAAAGAAUAUGCAGUUGUGCUGAGGUUAAAGAAAGGCUCACAAGUGCUGGCUUUAAGACCAGAGUAGUAACUAUCCCAGGUUGGGGGUGAUAUGUGUGAACUGUUAAGAACACCACAAUUUAAUCUAGAAAUAUCUUUCAGUAACAUUCAUCUGUUAGCUGAAGCAAAAUAUGACCUUGUUUUUGAGAAAGAAACUUUCUGAAAUUGAUAAGUGCAAUAUUUAAUUGUCUUUGUUAUGAAGGUUAUUGAAAAUCCUUGGAAAAUAAUAAGUGAGCAAAGUGAUUCUAAUGGAAGAAAGAUGGAGAAAAGAGAAGCUAAAUCUUGUAAAAGCACAUGAAUGGUCAUGGUGGGGAAGAUUAGAAAAGGCCAACAAAUCUUGCACUUUGAAUUGGUAUAACUAAGCACAUCUCUGAAAUAAGUUUGAAAUACGCUAUAUUGCACAUGAGAAUUUGAAUGUGAACCCUGUUUUUGUGCAAUAGAGAUUGUUUGUAGUGUGAUUAAAAUUAAUGUGUGUGAGAGAGGGGAGGGAAACGGAAGAAGACAGUGAAAUCUUGAAUUUUUCUUCAACUCGGAUUAUGUGCAUAUGAAGGAAAAAGAGGAAAUAUUUAUCCUAACUUCAAUGCAAAGUUUCUUUCAGAAAUGGAAAUAUAUAAGGACCUGGUCCAGAAAUCACAAAUGUCCCCUGGAGAGGGAGGGGGGACACGUCUCUCCAUUCUAACUCAGUAGAAUGAGUUCAGCACAUAACUGGCCCUACAUCCUGUCACUUCCCCAGAACUGAUAUGAAGAAGGACCAGGAGACUACCAAGUGGAAGGUAGAUGGAGAGUAGCAUGUACCUUCCUCCCAUUUUCUCAGAUGGCCUGUGGGGGGUGGAAAUCACAUGGUGAUCAACCUCUAAAUUCCAACUUGUCAAUUUCUGGUAUUAGUUAUAUCUUGUUGUUUUCUUGUUGAAUUCACCCUCUUCAUCUACCCUGUUAAGACUGAACACUUGAGCUUGAAGAAGACAAGAUCACAUUAAUUGCAGAGACACUUUUGUUAUUUUUUUGCUGACAACGUUGUCUCUGGGUUGAUGGGGGGAGGAGAUUGUUAAAUAAGAGCAAUUUUAGCAAAAUCACUGGAUAGAUCAGAAGAUAAUAGAAGCAUAAGAGGGGAAAUGAAUUGUACCAAUGCAGAAAUCAGUGAUGCUGAAAUCAAGAGUGGCCCAGAUAUGAAUAUGGAUUUGUAGUAGGAAGUACAUAAAAUUUAGCCGAACCCCAAAUUGAUUCAAACCUGGGUCUUAAUGAAACAAAGCAGAAUUCUCACACUAGCUGACACUGACCUAGGAGUCUUAGUGAAUGAUUUCAUAUUUUGUGGCAUUACAAAAAAUUGGUUCCAUGCCUGCAAAAAGAAAAUAAAAGCUGCAUUUCUCUGUUAAAAAGCAGGAUGGGAAAAUAGGAAAGAGAAGGAAGGGGGAAGUGUUGAGUUAGUUGCGAUUUUCCCAUCUGCCACCUGAUUAAAGGCUUACAAGAAACCAGGAUAUUGUAACAAGAACAGUAAGGUUUCUUGCAAUGUGUUGAUUCAUCUUUUCUUUUAUGCACACUGAGAGCGUAUGCACCAAGACAAAUUUUUUGUGUGUCCAAUCACAUUUGGCCAAUAAAAAAUUCUAUUCUAUUUUUUUCUAUUUUUAAGGACCAUAGGAAAUCCUCUCCACAUUCCUAGGUCAAUAGGUGAAUGUUAACUGUUUUAAGUAUAAAGGAAACAUUGUUUAAACUAGUGCUCUCUCCAGCACAUGCCAUUUAAUUCUGCAAAUAAUAACGAUUCCUCCACCUAUAUGCUUAUUGUGCAUAUUUCCAAAGCACAAAGAUUGCUUCUAAAAUAUCAACCUGGUGCCCUCUAUAUAUGUUGAAGCUAAUCCUGUCUUGCAAUUAGGGGCACUGAAAUACUGGGCAGAGGAAGCCUGCAAAAGGUAAUGCUGGUGCUGUCACAAUCCCUUCUAAUCUGCACAGAAACAUUCUGCCUGUGUGUGUUGUGAAUGAUUCAUGCCUCUAUUUGAGAAGGCGGAUUAACACUUUUCGUUAUUCUAUCUCUGGGAUCUCAGAUGAAUCUAAAACCACCUGCUGUUUGUAAUUGUAAUGUGACUUUCAUGGUUUAAAAACCUUGGAAUAAGGAAAAUUUUCAUAUCAUAAAAUUAAUAUUUUGCUAUUUAAA